AUGUCUGGACGUGGUAAAGGUGGAAAGGGUCUUGGAAAAGGUGGUGCCAAGCGCCAUCGGAAAGUGUUACGGGAUAACAUCCAAGGCAUUACGAAGCCUGCUAUUCGGCGUUUGGCUCGGCGUGGUGGUGUGAAGCGAAUUUCAGGCCUUAUUUAUGAGGAAACCCGAGGCGUUCUUAAGGUCUUUUUGGAGAACGUGAUUCGCGAUGCCGUUACCUACACAGAGCACGCUAAGCGCAAAACAGUCACUGCUAUGGAUGUUGUUUAUGCACUUAAGCGUCAGGGGCAACAAACACAAACGCUCCUCCUCCUAAGGGCGGGGCGUGUUGUCAUGGCUCGUACCAAGCAGACAGCGCGUAAGUCCACUGGCGGCAAGGCCCCGAGGAAGCAGUUAGCCACUAAGGCCGCCCGUAAGAGCGCGCCGGCCACCGGCGGCGUGAAGAAGCCGCAUCGCUACAGGCCUGGUACCGUGGCGUUACGCGAGAUCCGGCGCUACCAGAAGUCCACGGAGCUGCUGAUCCGCAAGCUGCCGUUUCAGCGACUGGUGCGCGAGAUCGCGCAGGACUUCAAGACAGACUUACGCUUCCAGAGUUCAGCUGUGAUGGCGCUGCAGGAGGCCUGCGAAGCCUACCUGGUGGGUCUCUUCGAGGACACCAAUCUGUGCGCUAUUCAUUUCGCUAUGUCUGGCCGUGGCAAAGGCGGGAAAGGUUUAGGUAAAGGAGGUGCUAAGCGCCACCGUAAAGUUCUGCGAGACAAUAUCCAAGGUAUUACAAAACCCGCCAUCCGGCGUUUGGCUCGUAGAGGCGGUGUCAAACGCAUUUCUGGUCUCAUUUAUGAAGAGACGCGUGGGGUUCUGAAAGUCUUCCUAGAGAACGUCAUUCGCGACGCUGUCACCUACACCGAGCACGCCAAGCGCAAGACAGUCACAGCCAUGGACGUCGUCUACGCGCUCAAGCGCCAGGGGCGAACUCUAUAUGGCUUUGGAGGUUAA